GCAAGAUGUUUGUUUUCUCUCUGAGACCAAACGAACAGAAGGACAGAUUCAGUUGAUACAUGAAAAGUAAAAUACAAACCAUUAUGUUGAAGCUUAUUACAGUUUUAAUGCUCAAUAUGUGGGCCAUACCAGCAGAUGAUAUUCUUUCACCAAGCAUCAACAUCCUCGCUGAACUGGAGAAGAUAACAAACUUGGAAAGCAGGAUGAAAUCGAUGGAGAAUGAAAUGGAACAACUAAAAAUAAAGAACACAGUACAGGAGCUGGAGCUGAAGGCCUUGAAUGUUCAAAUAAAUGAAAGAAAGAUUCAAAUGGAUGAACUUGUAAGAGAAAAUCUAGCACAGGCAAAGAAACUGGAGGCCUUGGAUGGUACAAUGAAUGUCAUACAGACCAAAACGGAUGAAGUAUUAAGUCAAAACUAUGCUUCAAAAGUGGCUUUCUCAACUUCUCUGUUGUCCUCUCAUGGACCUCUAAGCAGUUUACACACAUUGAUUUACAAACACAUAUUUCUCAAUGUUGGAAAUGCCUAUGAUGCAAGCACAGGAAUCUUUACAGCGCCUAUGAGGGGAGUUUACAUGUUCGUAGUCUUUUCAAAGGCGCAUGGAGGUCGAGAUAAAGCUGUUGUCGCGGGCCUGUUCAAAAAUAAUGAGCAUGUGUUUUCUACAUAUUCAAGACAUGAUGGAGGUUUUCUCAGCGCUUCAAAUGGAGUUUCUCUGUUAUUAGAGAAGGAUGAUCGAGUUUAUGUAAAUCUCUAUCCUGGAUAUUACAUUUUUGACAAUGAACACCAUCAUAGCACCUUUAGUGGACACCUGCUUUUCCAAAUGAGAUCAGAUACUGCACAGAGUUCAAUCACUAAAAUUUAAAGGGACACAAGGCAGCAUUUUUAUGUUAAUAAAUCAUCUUUGUAAGUCGGUAUAUGGUUAAAUGACUCAUUACAUGACGAAUGAAGACUCUCUCGCCCGCCCCUACCGUCUGUAGGAAGAAUACCCCACUUGCAAGUUCGCUGUAUCCGACCCGGUGUCCUUCAGUCUCGUAUAGUCUUAGAUAUAGAACGCAUUUACUCCCAGACACUAGGGGGAGCUAGUAGAGAAAUAAUACUCAGACUUGCCUUGUGUGCCUUUAAAUCUGUUAUUUUAUAUCAAGACAAGAUGUUAACAUAUAUUGAAUGUGUUGUUCUUUGAAAAACACAUCCUUUCAUCUUAACUCAUUUUCAAGUAUUUAUUCAACACAUCAGCAUCAUUGCUUAUUCUGAGGCAAUAGUGUCAACUGUAGGUUUAUUUACUAAUAAAAAAUAUUUUAUACAUAUCUAAAUAAAUGACUGUACGAACUGCAACUUGUCAAUUGAUUAAAAUAUGAUAACAAA